CGCGUUUUCCUAUGAUCCUAUCCCGUGCGCUGCCAGUCAAACAGUCCAUGCGAAGCUGCACACUUCCACGCUGUACUACCAGUGCUCCGCCGCUCGCCGAAUCCAGCUCACGCCCGGCCGCGACCGGACGACCGCGAUGCGCCCGCACGCCACGGGCGUCGAGAAGGCGACCGCGCCGUACGGGUCCUGGGAGUCCCCGAUCAGCGCCGCCGCCGUCUCCUCCGCCGGGAAGACCGUCGAGGGGCUCGCCGUUGCCGGCGACGGCCGGCUCCUCUGGGUCGAGACGCGUCCCGAGGAAGGAGGACGCGCGGUUCUCGUGAAGGAAGGGGCGGGCGCAGACGGCAGAGGUCUGGAUGUGACGCCGCAGGAGUUCGCCGUGCGGUCCCUGGCGCAGGAGUACGGCGGUGGCGCGUUCGCCGUGCAGGGGGAUGUCGUCGUGUUCUCCAAUUACAGCGACCAGCGCCUGUACAAGCAAACCAUUGGAGAUAACUCGCCACUACCUCUGACACCGGAUUAUGGUGGAUCAGUUGUCCGCUAUGCGGACGGUGUCUUUGAUCCUCACUUCAGUCGUUACGUAACUGUAAUGGAAGAUCACCGCAAGAGUAGCUCAAAUCCCAUCACGACAGUUGCUGCUGUGAGCACAAGUGUUGAAGAUGUUAACGAACCAAUUGUGCUGCUUAGUGGGAAUGACUUCUAUGCCUUUCCACGCAUUGAUCCAACUGAAAAACGCAUGGCAUGGAUUGAAUGGAGUGACCCAAACAUGUCAUGGGAUAAAGCACAACUAUGGGUUGGAUAUUUCUCCAGCAAAGGAGAGGUGGAAAAACGUAUUUGCAUUGCUGGUGGAGACCCAACGAUAGUAGAAUCUCCUACUGAACCCAAGUGGUCUUCAAAAGGUGAACUGUUCUUCAUAACUGACCGACAGAGUGGAUUUUGGAAUAUUUAUAAAUGGGAUGAGCAGAGCAAUGUGGUCGUGCAAGUGUACUCACUUGAUGCUGAAUUCUCGAAGCCAAUGUGGGUUUAUGGUGUCAGCUCCUACGCUUUCCUCGGAAAUGACGACCAGAGUCAGAAAAUAGUUUGCUGCUACAGGCAGAAUGGGAAGUCAUAUGUUGGGUUGCUGGACCAUGAUUCAGGGUCAUUUUCAAAAAUUGACCUUCCCUUCUCUGCUGUAACUAACAUAGUUUCUGCAGAUGGAUCUUUCUAUGUUGAGGGUGCAUCUGCUAGUCUUCCAGUAUCGAUAGCAAAGGUGACACUAGAUGAAAAGAGAACAAUGGCAACUGACUUUUCUAUAGUUUGGUCCUCCUCAGAGGACAUAAAGAAAUAUACACCCUACUUUAGUUUGCCUGAAUUUAUGGAGUUCCCAACCGUAAUCCCUGGCCAGCAUGCUUAUGCUUAUUUCUAUCCUCCAUACAACCAUACUUUCCAAGGUUCAUCAGAUGAGAAGCCUCCGUUAUUGGUCGGAACCCAUGGUGGACCUACAGAUGAAGCACGUGGGAUUCUUGAUCUUAGUGUGCAAUACUGGACGAGCCGGGGAUGGGCAUUCGUUGAUGUUAACUAUGGGGGAAGUGCAGGCUAUGGGAGAGAGUAUCGAGAGAGGCUUUUAGGGCAAUGGGGUGUUGUGGAUGUAAAUGAUUGCUGCAGCUGUGCUACAUUUCUGGUGGCAACUGGAAGAGUCGACGCGCAACGACUCUGUGUAACAGGAGAAUCUGCUGGUGGAUUCACAACUUUAGCUUGCCUUGCUUUUAGACAGACGUUCAAGGCCGGUUCUUCUUUAUACGGGAUUGCUGACUUAGCUUCAUUAAGGGCAGGCAUGCACAAGUUUGAGGCGUACUAUAUUGACAACCUUGUGGGGAAUAAGCAGGCUUACUUUGAGAGGUCGCCAAUAAACUUCGUUGAGAGAUUUACAUGUCCAGUCAUUUUGUUUCAAGGAUUGGAUGACCCGGUUGUAUCACCAGAUCAGGCAACAACAAUAUACAAGUCUAUAAAGGACAAAGGUCUGCCUGUUGCUUUGGUUGAGUAUGAAGGGGAACAACAUGGCUUCCGCAAGGCCGAGAACAUCAAGUUUACCUUGGAGCAGCAGAUGAUGUUCUUCGCAAGAUUGGUGGGGCACUUCAAGGUGGCAGAUAACAUUGCUCCAAUCAAGAUAGACAAUUUUGAUAAAGCCUCGUGAUUGUUCCAAAGGACAAUCGAGCGUCUCUCGGUUGAUGAGGGUGUGUUCGUGCCAACACGCCCACCAGAUUUCAACCUCCAUGAGGCAGAAUAAAGGGGGUGAACUUCCUGGAUUGUCUCAUUUCCUUGUAAUCGUUUUAAAGAGCUGCGACAUGUAUGCCGUUGAAGCAUCAACUAGUGUACCUUUUCCUUCGGCUUGGUACACCUCUGGACCAAGUUUCAGUAGUGAAGCAAAGGGCUGCUUAGCAUUUCCCAAAAUAUUGUGCCAGGAGACUUUAUUUGAGUGAAGAGAGAUGCGGCAUUAUGGUUUAUUAUCACUGCCGUGUUUAGAUUCAGGGUUUUGCAAAGUAACUUCCCUAUGAAGUCGAGACCACUUUGAAAUCAAUCGAGGAUUUGUUUUGUAAGUUA